AAGAUCUGAAGGGGAUUUUUGCUCUAUCUCUGCUCAGAUGGUGUGACCGGGGCAGAGACAUGUCAGAGGAGAGCACAACUCAUCCAGUGGACCUGGAGCCACCGGAGGGUGACACUGAGCCCAGCAUGCUCCUGCAGAAGCUCAAAAACAACAUCUCCAAACAAGUCCAGACCAAAGUAGAGCAGAUUUUAACGGACGUGCAGCGCUUCUCGGACAAUGACAAACUGUAUCUGUACCUUCAGCUGCCCUCAGGCCCCAGCUGUGGAGAUAAGAGUGGGGGAGACUGUGGCUCUCUGAACACAGCCGACCAGCUUCACACCUGUAAUUGGAUCCGGAGUCACCUGGAGGAGCACUCAGACACCUGUCUACCCAAACAGGAUGUCUAUGAGACCUACAAGCGUCACUGUGAAAACUUGCAGCAUCGUCCGCUCAGCGCCGCAAACUUUGGAAAAAUCAUCAGAGACAUUUUCCCAAAUAUCAAAGCCCGAAGACUGGGAGGAAGAGGCCAGUCCAAAUACUGUUACAGUGGGAUCAGGAGGAAGACGGUGCUGAACAUGCCUCUGCUGCCCAACCUCGACUUGAAGAAUGACCCGUCAGAGCUGACGGAGCUGGUGCAGACGUACAAACACGAGGUGACAGAGGCGGCGUGUGAGCUGAUUUGUGAUUGGGCGCAAAAGAUUUUGAAGCGCUCCUUUGACACUGUGGUGGAGAUCGCACGCUACCUGAUCCAGGAGCACAUCGUUAACCCACGCUGUGCCCAGGCCGAACUUGUGACGGGCGCCGCACUGGCAGGGUGUCCUGCUAAACCGUACAAAGUGAUAAAGAAGACCUCUGGUGUCUCUAAACCGGACUCGGACUCUGCCUCAGAUCCAAAGAAGGAUUCGGGCGACUCGUGUGUUUCUGCACUGAAGGACCGAGUCAAACCGUCUGAGCCUCAAGCCCGUCCAGCAGUGGGGCGCCGCCUACAGGUGGAGGCAUUCAUGAAGAAGUUGCCGACGAUCCUGCCGCGUAGCUCUCUCCCAGACUCUCUCUCCGUUCGAUCGUCACCUCCAUCUCUUGCUCCUAAAGACGCCUCGGGGGCCACGGCGUCGGCUAAUCCUGCUAAUUCAGCUAACGCUCCAGCCGGGGGAGCUGGGGUCAAGGUCAUUGCCAUGGCUGCACUGCAGCCACAGCAGCAGGGGGCAGUGCCGCUCAUGAUCCUGCCUCAGGGCUGUUUGUCAUACGAGAGAACAGAGAAGAUGGCCCCGGCCCCAAACAGCUCAGGGCCGGCGUGCCCCGCCCCCUCCGCUGCAGCGCACACUUCAGUCGUGCAGAAGGUAAAGAGACGCCUGGAGAACACUCCCCUCACCACCAACGCCGCGACGCCCAUCAAGCGCAAACGAGGACGCCCUAGGAAGCCCCGCCCUGAGGAGGUCACAUCCCCUGCACCACUUCCUCCCCAGGCCCCGCCCUCCAUCAUCACCUCAGUGACGGGCGGUGUGAUCCAAAAGGCCACAUCCACCCAAAGUGUCUCUGGCUCCUCUGUGGUGGAGCUAUUGAUCCAGGACCCGGGGCUCGUGUUUGGGCACCUGCCACCCGACAGGAGCAUGGUCCUGGGAGCGCCGCCUGACAGGAGUGUGGUCCUGGGAGCACCACUUGCCAUUGAGACGGAAAAACCGCCGCGCCCCGUCCUCCUACUCCAGAAUCCCAACUGGGAGCUGCCGUCCAGCCACAUGGUCGAGGUCAUCCAGAAAGCGCCACGACCCGGGCACUCUGCGCCGCCAAACCCAGCCCCUAACCCAGCCCCUAACCCAACCCCUAACCCCGCCCCCAACCCCGCCCUCAGCCCUGAGCGGGAAGUGGAGCUCACGCUGACGCCUGUAGAGCUGGAUCUGCCCCCAGCUAGCGUGGGGAGUCGGGCAGAGCCGGAGGGGGAGGGGCCUAAACCGGACGAGCACUGACACGAAACACCAUUCUGUGACUCUGGCUCUGAGGUCUGAACUGAGCACGAAUACAUGUACCACUACUGCAGUAUCAGUACUACAGUACCACUACUGCAGUAACAGUACUACAGUAACAGUACUGCAGUAACAGUACUACAGUAACAGUACUACAGUACAGCUUCUGCAUUAUCAGUACUGCAGUAACAGUGCUGAAGUACACCUACUGCAGUAAAAAUAUUACAGUUAAACCUCGGGGUAGGGUGGGUGUUGGUGGAAAUCCUGAAAACGGAAGAAUGAAGCUGACCCCAUUUUGUUUCUAUGUUCAGCUCUGCUCAUCUGCUCCAGGACUAAACCAGGACUAAACCAGGACUAAACCAGGACUAAACCAGGACUAAACCAGAACUGAAUCAGGACUAAACCAGGACUAAACCAGGACUGAACCAGGACUAAACCAGGACUAAACCAGGACUAAACCAGGAUUAAACCAGGACUAAACCAGGAUUAUACCAGGACUAAACCAGGAUUAAACCAGGACUAAACCAGGACUGUACCAGGACUAAACCAGGACUGUACCAGGAUUAAACCAGGACUGUACCAGGAUUAAACCAGGACAGUACCAUGACUGUACCAGGACUAAUCCAGGACUAAACCAGGACUUGAGGAGUUGAGCAGAACAGUCUCUGUAUUCGUGUUUUGUUUUUCCGGUCUGUCCCUGAAUGUUACACAUAUUCUAAGGUGCAGUGGGACAUAGCACAGUUCGGCACGGUUCGGCACAGAUGGGCACAGUUUGGUGCGGUUUGACAGUUACGGGUUUGAGAGACGCUCUUCCUGAUUUGUCUCUUUGUGUGAAAAAGGCAAUAAGCUCAGAGUGAUUAGAAGUUUGUGAAUGAGAUAAAUUAUUUAAACAUUCAUUUUAACACAAGUAAAUAUGAACUAUUCCACAUUACAAAGAUUUAAAACUGUUUAACUCAGAUGCCCUCCCUCCUCCUGUAUCCCUGUGUGUCAGAUGCCCUCCCUCCUCCUGUCUCCCUGUGUGUCAGAUGCCCUCCCUCCUCCUGUAUCCCUGUGUGUCAGAUGCCCUCCCUCCUCCUGUCUCCCUGUGUGUCAGAUGCCCUCCCUCCUGUCUCCCUGUGAGUCAGAUGCCCUCCCUCCUCCUGUAUCCCUGUGUUUCAGAUGCCCUCCCUCCUCCUGUCUCCCUGUGUGUCAGAUACCCUCCCUCCUCCUGUAUCCCUGUGUGUCAGAUGCCCUCCCUCCUCCUGUCUCCCUGUGUGUCAGAUACCCUCCCUCCUCCUGUAUCCCUGUGUGUCAGAUGCCCUCCCUCCUCCUGUCUCCCUGUGUGUCAGAUACCCUCCCUCCUCCUGUAUUCCUGUGUGUCAGAUGCCCUCCCUCCUCCUGUCUCCCUGUGUGUCAGAUGCCCUCCCUUCCUCCUGUAUCCCUGUGUCAGAUGCCCUCCCUUCCUCCUGUAUCCCUGUGUGUCAGAUGCCCUCCCUCCUCCUGUCUCCCUGUGUGUCAGAUGCCCUCCCUUCCUCCUGUAUCCCUGUGUCAGAUGCCCUCCCUCCUGUCUCCCUGUGUGUCAGAUGCCCUCCCUCCUGUCUCCCUGUGUGUCAGAUACCCUCCCUUCCUCCUGUCUCCCUGUGUGUCAGAUGCCCUCCCUCCUCCUGUCUCCCUGUGUGUCAGACGCCCUCCCUCCUCCUGUCUCCCUGUGUGUCAGAUGCCCUCCCUCCUUCUGUAUCCCUGUGUCAGAUGCCCUCCCUCCUCCUGUCUCCCUGUGUGUCAGAUACCUUCCC